AUGAUACCACGGAUACCGGCCGCCUCAUCCCGCCUCGCGCGGCAGGUAGUGUGUCCUCGCUGCCGCCUUUCCCUCUCCACCACCGUCUCCGCGCGCCUCACCCCAACGCGGCUCUCACCACUCAAGCCCCCAACACGCCUCCGCUCCCCCCUCCUCGCCUCAACACUCCGCCCCUUCUCCACCACCCCCCGCUCGCUCGCCUCCCCACAAGGCGCCGACCCCAUCGUCGAACGCCUCACAGACCUAUACGGCACGGCGCGCGACGAAUUCGAGAUCGCAGCUGAAGAAACCACCAAGAAAACCGUGUACGCCGCGGACGACCGUGAGGCCGCCAAGGAAGCUUUUGAGGAGCUGAAGACCGCGUUCAGCGAUGCGGUGAGGCAGAGUGAUCCGGAGGUGGCGAAGGAGGUGCAGAGGCGCGUGGAGCAGAGGAUUAGGGAGCUGGAGAAUGCGUUGACGGCGUUGGAGGAGAGUGCUUUGGAGGACUAG